CGCGGAGACACUUCCGGUAAGGCUGCAGUAUGGAGUUCAUCACAGACAUCAGCAUCAUCAUUGACAAGGCAUAUUUCAAAGACCCUGGUAGACUGGAGGAGAUGCUUCGAUCUUACCGGUCGGAGAAAAAAGCCUCCUACCACACAGUGAGAGGAACCUUUGAGGAGCUGGAGAAUCUCUCAAUCAGACUGUUGGAGGUCACGGGUUGCUCCGAUGCUGUCCUGUAUAGACAAAACCGCCUGCAAUGCGCUUCGCCUCAUGUCAAACCCGUGGACGUGUCCGGGGCUGUCAUGGCUUACAUUCAGCAAAAUCGUGCCGAAGAACUUAGGAGAAUUCAAGGAAGCAGCUUUGCGAUUGAAACACAGCCCCACCUUGGAACAGUGCACCAUGAUCCCAGUGGUACGGUGCGAGUGACUUUCCGAUCACGCCGCGCCUCCUCGCCACCUGUUCUCACCGGCUUCGUCAGGCAGCGAUUUGUCACAUUCUACCAGAGAACCGCGUCCGACCUGCAGGUCGCAUCCAUCCCAGCGAGUUCGCAGCGCAACCUCAAAGACCUGCGGGGGAGAUUUCCGCACCUCCUUUUUGAACCUGCCCGCAACGAAGGGCCGCUAACCGUGACGGGGCCCUUUAUGCACGUCGCUAGAUUAAAAGACUUCCUCUUUCAAAAUAAGGCGAGCUCGAGCAGGAGUGAGGAGGACGGUUUGGUGGACGUGGAGAGUAUCCGGACACAGGGUCCGUCAUCUACGCCCGGUGAAGGCCCCAAAGAGGACCUGUGUCCGAUCUGCACGGAGCCGAUAGCAACCGCAGACAAAGAGACUCUGCGGUGCAAGCACUCGUUCUGCAGGAGCUGCCUGAAGAGAGCCUUUGGCUACAAGCCUGUGUGCCCAACGUGCGGGAGGCUGUAUGGCACUUUGACAGGAACGCAACCCGAAGGAGGCAAGAUGAAGGUCACCAAAACCUCUUCUUCUUUGCCAGGAAACGAGAAGCACGGAACAAUAACGAUCCGUUAUUGCAUUCCAAGCGGAAUUCAAAAGGAGGAGCACCCAAGCCCUGGUCAGCCAUACGAAGGCGCGUCCCGCACGGCUUUUCUCCCAGACUCCCCGGAGGGAGUGAGGACCCUGGCGCUCUUAAGGCGGGCCUUCGACCAGAAGCUCAUCUUCACCGUGGGCCGGUCCACCACCAGUGGCAGGGACAACACGGUCACGUGGAACGAUAUCCACCACAAGACCUCUACGCACGGAGGGCCCACUCACUACGGAUAUCCAGAUCCCAAGUACCUCCGUCGGGUUCAAGAGGAGCUGAAGGCCAAGGGAAUCGAAUGAGUCGCUUCAAGGUUUGUUGUCGAGCUGAGAGGAACCAUGUAAAAAAGAUUCUGGCACAGUGGACUCAAAACAACAAGGGAUAAUUCAUUUGAAUAUUUCAUGGAGCUUACAUUGUUUUAAUGCAAAGCUUGUUGCUUGUUGAUGGACUAAGGUCCCAGUUUAAAGAUCACAGUGCUAAUGUAAGAUAUAGAUAUUAAAGGCUAUAUUAAGAUGUACAGAACAGGAAGAAAAGGUAAAGUAUGGUUUUCUGCAGAGAUGUAAAGAAAAACAUGUGUUGUGUAGAAUGUGUAACCAUUUAUUAUUAAAAUGUGUGCGAGCACACCUUAAAGAUCAUAAGUGUGGAGAUUAAAAGCUGCACUUUUCACACUAAUAACUUACAGUAGAGACAAAUAUUAAAUGUGUAGUUUACUGCCAAAGAAGGAUUU